GCACUUGGAUGGGGUCUUCUCUCCUGCCUCUCUGAACCGUGAGAAUGGAAAGCUUCAGCUCUUAAACAAGUUGGAGGAGUUUAUAACAUAUUUAAUCUCAUUCAUGAAUCGAACUUCCUUUUUAAGUCAUGGAUGACAAGGCUUCUGUUGGAAAAAUCAGUGUCUCUUCAGACUCGGUAUCCACUCUUAACAGUGAAGAUUUUGUCUUGGUUUCCAGGCAAGGGGAUGAAACACCAUCUACAAAUAAUGGUAGUGAUGAUGAAAAAACAGGACUGAAGAUUGUGGGGAAUGGAAGCGAACAGCAGCUGCAGAGGGAGCUUGAAGACGUGUUGAUGGACCCACUCAUGGAAGAUCAGUCAAGUGACCGGGACCAUGGAGAUGAAGUUAGAACUGAUGGAGAUGGGGACGAACCUGUUGUCCUGGAAGCUUCAGCAUCCUCUACCAUUAACCCAGUGUCGGUGGCAGGACUCCAGAAACCAGAAAUGAGUUUGCCAGUGAAACCAUCCCAGGGAGACUGUGAGGAUUUGAGCCCUUUUACACCUAUGACAGAUGAGGACAGCGUGGUUUUCAGCAAGCUCACCUACUUAGGCUGUGCCUCUGUGAAUGCUCCCCGAAGUGAAGUGGAAGCCCUCAGAAUGAUGUCCAUCUUACGAAGCCAGUGCCAAAUUUCUCUAGAUGUGACCCUGUCAGUGCCUAAUGUCUCUGAAGGAACAGUGAGACUUUUAGAUCCUCAGACAAACACAGAAAUAGCAAAUUAUCCAAUCUAUAAAAUCCUUUUCUGUGUACGAGGGCAUGAUGGGACCCCUGAAAGUGAUUGCUUUGCUUUCACUGAAAGCCACUACAAUGCAGAACUCUUCAGGAUCCAUGUCUUCAGAUGUGAAAUCCAAGAGGCUGUGAGCCGAAUACUGUACAGCUUUGCCACUGCCUUCCGUCGCUCCGCCAAACAAACGCCGCUCUCAGCCAUUGCCACCCCCCAGACUCCAGACAGUGAUAUUUUCACCUUCUCCGUGUCACUGGAAAUCAAAGAAGAUGAUGGGAAAGGUUAUUUCAGUGCGGUUCCCAAAGACAAGGACAGGCAAUGCUUUAAACUCCGCCAAGGAAUCGAUAAGAAGAUAGUGAUUUACGUCCAACAGACCACUAAUAAAGAACUUGCUAUUGAGAGAUGUUUUGGCCUCCUCCUCAGCCGUGGGAAGGAUGUUCGGAGCGGCGACAUGCACCUUUUAGAUUUGGAGUCCAUGGGUAAAAGUUCUGAUGGGAAAUCAUACGUGAUCACUGGGAGCUGGAAUCAAAAAUCUCCACACUUCCAGUUUGUAAAUGAAGAAACACCAAAAGAUAAAGUACUGUUCAUGACUACUGCUGUGGAUUUGGUGAUAACAGAGGUUCAGGAACCUGUUCGCUUCAUUCUGGAGACUAAAGUCAGAGUUUGUUCACCUAAUGAGAGAUUGUUCUGGCCCUUCAGCAAACGUAGCUCUACUGAAAAUUUCUUCCUCAAACUUAAACAGAUAAAGCAAAAGGACAGAAAGAAUAACUCGGACACGCUGUAUGAAGUUGUGUGUUUAGAAAGUGAAUCAGAAAGGGAGAGGAGAAAAACUACAGCCAGCCCCUCUCUCCGUCUGCCCCAGUCUGGGUCACAGGGCUCCAUGAUUCCUUCUCCUCCGGAGGAUGAUGAAGAGGAAGACAAUGAUGAACCACUCUUAAGUGGUUCUGGAGAUGUUUCCAAAGAGUGUGCAGAAAAAAUCCUUGAGACGUGGGGAGAGCUGCUGUCCAAAUGGCACCUCAAUUUGAGCGUGAGGCCAAAGACGUUGUCAGCAUUGGUGAGAAGUGGUGUCCCUGAGGCCCUGAGAGGUGAAGUGUGGCAGUUGCUGGCAGGGUGUCAUAACAACGAUCACCUGGUGGAGAAGUACCGAAUUCUCAUCACAAAGGAGUCUCCACAAGACAGUGCUAUCACCAGAGACAUCAAUCGGACGUUCCCUGCUCAUGACUAUUUUAAAGACACUGGGGGAGAUGGCCAGGACUCCCUGUACAAAAUAUGCAAGGCCUACUCUGUCUAUGAUGAAGAGAUUGGCUACUGUCAAGGCCAGUCAUUUCUUGCUGCUGUGCUGCUUUUACACAUGCCUGAGGAGCAAGCUUUCAGUGUUCUGGUCAAAAUCAUGUUUGAUUAUGGACUCAGGGAACUUUUCAAACAAAACUUUGAAGACUUGCACUGCAAGUUCUAUCAGCUGGAGCGCCUCAUGCAGGAAUACAUUCCUGAUCUGUAUAACCACUUUCUGGACAUUAGCCUUGAAGCACACAUGUAUGCUUCCCAGUGGUUCCUUACCCUCUUCACUGCAAAAUUCCCUCUCUACAUGGUCUUCCAUAUUAUUGACUUACUCUUAUGUGAGGGAAUAAGUGUUAUCUUUAACGUUGCACUGGGAUUAUUAAAAACUACCAAGGAUGAUUUGUUACUGACUGACUUUGAAGGGGCUUUAAAAUUCUUUCGUGUGCAGCUGCCCAAGAGAUAUCGUUCAGAAGAGAAUGCAAAGAAGCUGAUGGAAUUAGCAUGUAAUAUGAAGAUUAGCCAGAAGAAACUGAAGAAAUAUGAGAAGGAAUAUCAUACCAUGAGAGAGCAGCAAGCUCAACAGGAGGAUCCUAUAGAAAGAUUUGAGCGUGAGAACCGGCGCCUACAAGAAGCAAACAUGAGGCUUGAGCAAGAAAAUGAUGAUCUUGCCCAUGAGCUGGUGACCAGCAAGAUUGCGCUGCGAAAAGAUUUAGACAAUGCGGAGGAAAAGGCAGAUGCUCUGAAUAAGGAACUGCUAAUGACCAAACAGAAGCUGAUUGAUGCUGAGGAAGAAAAGAGGCGCCUGGAAGAAGAAUCAGCUCAGCUGAAGGAAAUGUGUCGUAGGGAACUCGAUAAGGCAGAGUCAGAGAUCAAAAAGAACAGCUCUAUCAUUGGUGACUACAAACAGAUUUGUUCCCAGCUGAGUGAACGACUGGAAAAGCAGCAAACAGCAAAUAAAGCUGAAAUUGAGAAAAUACGGCAAAAGGUGGAUGACUGCGAGCACUGCCGUGAGUUCUUCAACAAGGAAGGCCGGGUGAAGGUUGCCAGUUCUGCCAAGGACGGUUCAGACGAGGACACAGACGAGGAGAAGGAAACACUGAAAAACCAGCUGAGGGAAAUGGAGCUUGAGCUGGCCCAGACCAAGUUGCAGCUUGUGGAGGCGGAAUGUAAAAUACAGGAUUUGGAGCACCAUUUGGGUCUGGCAUUGAAUGAAGUGCAAGCUGCAAAGAAAACAUGGUUCAACAGAACAAUAAGCUCUAUAAAAACAGUGACUGGAGUCCAAGGAAAAGAGACUUGUUGAAAAGCAGUUCUGUCAAACACACCUUCUUAACACAACACCUUUUGUUGCCUUCCUUGGCCAGAUAUUUAAUUCUGUGACAUGAGAGGACCAGAAUGUAAAUAAAAUACAAACACAUCAUGUCGGGA